AUGCAAAAUUUGCAAGAAAAUACAAAAAAUUUUGUAAUUCUUAACGAAUAUACAUCAUUGGAGAACUUUUGGAAACGAUAUAAUAAAGUCAAUCUUGAUAAAUUAGCGUUAGAAAAGGAAAAACAAGAUUUACUCAAUGAAAAUACGCAACUUCGUGCAGUCCUCAAACAAUACCUAAACGGUAUUUCUGUCAAUGACGAAAUCCUAACUCAGGAUAAUCCGUUAUUUGUCGUGAAUAAUAAGACAAAUGAAAAGUUUAUGGUUCCAGUAAACGAAGGUAGAAUAAAGAGAUCAGUUCCUGUAACAGUCGUCGAAGCAGCUCACGUCAUUAAAAAUACUAUUUGAUGAAAUUCCUGUAAUUUUGUUCAUUUUAGUGCUGUAAUAUAUACUUGGUAUGUGUUUAUUUGUUAAUAACAGAAACAUUUGUUUUGAGAAAAUAUUUGCUUUGAACGAACAAUAUCAAAGAAAACGAUGAAAAUAGAAAACGUAAAUAUUUUGUAGGUGAAAAUUGUAUAUACAUAACAUUGCGUUUGAUUUAUAGACAGAAAAAUAUGAAGUAGUUCUUGAAA